AUGGCAAAUUUAAAGCAGCUUUCAUACCAACGAGGACAAAUAAAAGGAAAAAUAACGAGAUUACAAAAUAUUUUGCCAACUUUACAACCGGGUGAUCUUGAAGUAGUACGAGAAAGAUAUGAAGCACUACCAGAAGUAAGAGCUGAUGCAAAGGCAAAACUCAACGUAGUACCAAUAGUAACCGAACCCAAUACAGCUGAUGAUGUUAGAACCAUCUCACGUGUUAAACUUCCAGAAAUAAAAUUGCCAACUUUCGGAGGAGAUUGUCAGAAAUGGACAGAAUUCCAGGAUCCAAAGUUGUUAGCGCUUUAUCCACAACGGCAGCAACUUGAAAAUUAUCAAGAAGCAUGGGACUUAUUGGAAGCAAAAUACGACAACAAGAAAAUCAUUAUUAAUUCCCAUCUGCGUGAAUUAUUGAACGUACCGGAAGUUACCAAAACGAAUUACGAAGCUUUAAAUCAAAUUAUAACAAAAAUCCGUAGCCAUACGCAGGCGCUAAAGAUAUUGAAUAAAGAGAGGCCAGAAGGCAACCAGUCAAGAUAUAGGUCGGACCGAAAGGUGAUGCUAGCUACCGCAGAGCAGAUAAAAUUUGAAUAUUGCCAGGAAAAUCAUUUCAUCAAUCGGUGCGAAAGGUUUGGAGAAUUAUCCACUCAAGACAAAUGGAAUGAAGUACAUCGACUCCGAUUAUGUGGAAACUGUUUGAGAAAAGGCCAUAUAAGCAAAGAUUGUAAGGGGGGUGAUUGUAGGAUAUGCUCUAAACAUCACAAUACCGUUCUUCAUGCUGAUCGGAAGGAAUAUACGCCUCAGGGCAGAAGCAAUACGCAAAACUACAUGAAUAAUUCUAAUACGCCUAUAGUGGCUUGUAACACCCAAGAAUCUUCUACGUCACAAGCAACCGAGGAAAAGGAGAAUCGACCACCAGAGAAAAUGACCGUGGCACAUUGUGCUAAACAACUUAAUUCAAGGGUAGUACUCUCUACUGCUCAAGUAUACGUCUACGAUAUAGAAGACAAGCCCAUACGUUGCCGAGCCCUACUCGAUCCAGGCUCGCAGCUGAAUUUAGUAACGCAAGAACUAGCUCAGAAAUUGAAACUACCGCUCAAAAGAAUUGAUAUACCUUUGUCAGGAAUAAGUCAAUCAAGUGUAGAGGUGCAAUAUUCUGUGACAAUUGAAUUAGAAUCGCUCACAAGUAAAUUUAAUAACAAACAAGACUAUCUCAUUUUGCCACGAAUAACAGAAAGAUUGCCACAAGUUCAACUAGACAUAUCAAGCUUUAACAUACCAGAUGGCAUUCUCUUGGCAGAUCCAGACUUCAAUGUACCAGGUGAUAUCGAUAUGCUUAUCGGUGCAGAAUUGUUUUGGAAACUGUUGUGCGCUGGUCAAGUACUGCAGCCAAAGGGACAGCCAGUACUACAUAAAACUUUGCUGGGAUGGAUAGUAGGCGGAGAGCAAGUUAUAAAGAAUUCGUCGCAAGUAAUAAAAAAUGUUUGCAACUUAAACGUAAUAUCAACGGUCGAAGAGAAUAUAGAACGACUUUGGAAAAUGGAAGAAUUGCCAAUGGCAAGACAAUUGACCGCAGAAGAAAGAUAUUGCGAGGAACAAUUCAAUGACACGCACACACGUAACGAAGCAGGCAGGUUUAAGGUAAGAUUACCACAAAAUCCAGACGUACAGUUAGGAAAUUCAGAAAAGGAGGCGACUAGAAGAUACUACGCUUUAGCAGAAAGAUUGAAAAAUAAUCCUGAGCUGAAAAAAGAUUAUAUGGAAUUUCUAAACGAAUAUGAAGAGGCGGGACACAUGUCAAGAAUCAAGGUAAAGGAUAAGGGAGAAGAAAUUUGUUAUUACCUACCACAUCAUCCUGUCAUAAGGGCUGAAAGCUCUACGACAAAGGUUAGAGUUGUUUUCGAUGGAUCGGCGAAGAUAUCGCUCCAAACUUCUCUAAAUGAUGGGCUCCUGCCAGGUCCAAAUCUACAAGAAGAGAUAAUCAAUAUUAUUUUGCGAUUCAGAAUGCACGAAUUCGUGAUAACAGCAGACAUUGCCCAAAUGUUCAACCUCUGUGAAGUUGGCCCCCCAUUUAUGAAAAAUGAAGUUUCUUUUUUGAGUUCUGGCUUCCCCCCGAAGAGUUCAAGAGUUCCUUACGAAUAUCAGAAAUAG